GAGGCCGGCGGGCUCGGGCUUCUUGGGGAACAGCCUCCUUCACACCUCUUACCGGCCUCCGGGAUGGGGGCGGGGCUUGUGUGUUUUACUUCCGGUUACCGCGGCAACGACACCGGAAGCCGGAAGUGGGGAUUUCAGCCGCCGGAGAAGGGAAGAGCUACCGAGGAAUCGGGACUUGCUUGGAGUGACGGGCUCGAGGAGCGCUCGCGACCCGCUGCUCCCGCCCUUCUCACGUCGGAUCGAUUCUGCUGACAGGGGAAUCUGCACAGGUCCCGUGUGACGCUCCUGCUGCCGUUCUCUUCCAAACCUUGACUUGGUGAAUGAGCAGGCCCCCCUGGAAGAGUCCGCUGUGUGAGAUGGUGCAGCCCAGCGGUGGCCCGGCUGGGGACCAGGACGUGCUGGGUGAAGAGCCUUCUCUGGGGAAGCCGGCCAUGCUCCACCUGCCUUCGGAGCACGGUGCUCCCGAGACCUUCCAGCGCUGCCUGGAGGAGAAUCAAGAGCUCCGAGAUGCCAUCCGGCAGAGCAACCAGAUGCUGCGGGAGUGCUGCGAGGAGUUGCAGCGUUUCCAGGGCAGCCAGAGGGAGGAGAAGGAGUUCCUCAUGCAGAAGUUCCAGGAGGCCAGGAAACUGGUGGAGAGGCUGAACCUGGAGAAGCUGGACCUGAAGAGACAGAGGGAGCAGGCCCUACAGGAGGUGGAGCACCUGAAGCGAUGCCAGCAGCAGAUGGCUGAGGACAAGGCCUCGGUGAAAGCCCAGGUGACGUCCUUGCUGGGGGAGCUCCAGGAGAGCCAGAGUCGCUUGGAGGCUGCCACCAAGGAUCGGCAGGCUUUGGAAGUCAGGGCCCGGGCAGCCAGUGAGCAGGCCCGGCAGCUGGAGAGCGAGCGGGAGGCGCUGCAGCAGCAGCACAGCGUGCAGGUGGACCAGUUGCGCAUGCAGAACCAGAGCAUGGAGGCUGCUCUGCGCAUGGAGCGCCAGGCUGCCUCGGAGGAGAAGAGGAAGCUGGCGCAGCUCCAGGCAGCCUAUCACCAGCUCUUCCAAGAUUAUGACAACCACAUGAAGAGUAGCCUGGUGAGCAGUGAGCGAAACCGAGGAAUGCAGCUGGAAGAUCUCAAGCAGCAGCUCCAGCAGGCUGAGGAGGCCCUAGUGGCUAAGCAGGAAUUGAUCGAUAAGCUGAAGGAAGAGGCCGAGCAGCACAAGAUUGUGAUGGAGACCGUUCCGGUGCUCAAGGCCCAGGCGGAUAUCUACGAGGCUGAUUUCCAGGCUGAGAGGCAGGCCCGGGAGAAGCUGGCCGAGAAGAAGGAGCUGCUGCAGGAGCAGCUGGAGCAGCUGCAGCGGGAGUUCAGCAGGUUGAAGGCCAGCUGUCAGGAGUCGGCCAGGAUUGAAGAUAUGAGGAAGCGGCAUGUAGAGGUCUCCCAGCCCCCUGCCCAAGCUCACCAGUCCUUUCACCCCGCCUUGUUCAGCCAGAGGAGAAGCCCCCCCGAGGAGCCACCUGACUUCUGUUGCCCCAAGUGCCAGUAUCAGGCUCCUGACAUGGACACCCUGCAGAUCCACGUCAUGGAGUGCAUUCAGUAGAGCCGCCUGCCAGCGACCAGCCCAGGACAGUGCAAUCUCCGCUUUCCUCUCCCGCCUGCCUCGUUCCAGGCGAGGUGACGAAGAGCAGGCUGCUUCUUUGAGCGCCCCGAGCUAGCUGCAGGGACUUCCGCUUCAGCUUCCCUGGCUGCUGGUUUGCCCCUUUCAGGGCCCACGGGGUCCCAGCCUGAUGCUGUGCUCUUUUUGUCCGUUCUGUCUGCUUGAACCACUUUGCCUCUUGGGCUCCCUCUUCCACCUCCACUGGGGAAGUCAGGAAUCAAGGUCAAGGCUCUCAGAGAAGGACUGCUUCCCAGCCUGAGAUGGGAGGGAGCCCUUCCUUCUGGCCCAGCUCCAGCGCAUGCGCUGCCGGCACAGUCCUGGGCUGUGUGCUCUUCCUCUGGGAGGCGGCACCACGGCAUUUGCCUUGUUGCCAGUCUUUUUAAUUGUCAUAAAUAAUGUCGCAGUGAAAACACAUUGGGUCAACUUUGUGUGUCUUUGAGUCAGAUUCUUAGAAGCGGCCACACUGAGCAUCUGCAAACGGGGUAGAUGGUGCCGGUGCCCCCCGGUGUGGUUUCCUGCUCUCUCCUUGUUCCCCAUAGCCUUGCCCUGGUGAGGGGUGUCAACCUGUGGGCUUUUGCCAUCAUGUAGUUGUCAUUAAGAGUGAGCUUGAGCGUCUUUCACAGCUUCAGGGUCCUUUCCAAUUCUGGCAUGAAUGGCUUGUUUGUAUCGGUUGACCAGUUUGCUCUUGAGCUGUUAGUCUCUUGUUCCUCGCUUUGUAGGAGCUCUUUGGCCAUUAGUGGGGUCAGCUCUUCCAUGUGGUGAUCUUUUUCCCACCAUGACUCGGUACUCAGCUCUUCCAAGUUGCAGUGAUCUUUUUCCCACCAUGACUCGGUACUCAGCUCUUCCAAGUUGCAGUGAUCUUUUUCCCACCAUGACUCGGUACUUAGCGUGGUUUGGACUUGAAGUUUGUUACCUUUGUGUAGUCACAUUUCCCCACCCUUCCUCCAUUGCUUUGGGUUUGGAGUUGUGGCCACCUCAUGAUCUGACGGGGUGGAGGGAGGAUGCUUCUCACAAGCACACUUUUUAAAAAUAUAUAUAUAUUUUUAUUGAUUUCAGAGAGGAAGGGGGAAGGAGAGAGAGAGACAUCAAUGAUGAGAGGGAAUCAUUGAUUGGCUGCCUCAUGCACGUCCCUGACCAGGGAUCGAGCCCACAACCUGGGUAUAUGCCCUGACUGGGAAUCGAACCGUGACUUCCUGGUCCAUAGGUCGAUGCUCAACCAUGCUGGCCAGCUGCAA